UCCUAACUUUAGCUUGUAGAAGUUGAAUGGGAAUGGGAUUAAGAAAGAAUAAAGUCAGCAUUGCAACGAGAGAAAUUUACAUAAAGGAAAGGGGGCAAAAUAUGAAAAAAAAAGACGGGAAAGAAAGAGAGAAUCUGGUGGGCUUUGAGCUGUAUUUAGCUGUAUAAUUAUUUCUUUGCUCCCAUACUCUCUCUCUCUCUCUCUCUCUCUCUCUCUCUCUCACACGCAUCUCCAAAAUCCCUACUAGAAAAACCCUCACCCUUUGUCCUUCUCCUCUAACCCAAAAUCCCUAUCUUUUCUCCGUUUCCCCUCUCCACAUAUUUGCAUAGACAUUUUUGCAAAAACCCCCAUUUUCAAACCAAGCUUUGCAAGAAAAGAGUGAGAGAUAGAAAGAGAGGUACGAACCAAGCAGACGAAAAGAAAAGAAAGUGGCAUUUGUUAAAUCAGAUGUCUCAUGUAAGAUGAAGAAGAAGACUCAUAUCAAGCUCCAUUCUUCUCAUCUCUCACUCCUGCUCAUCUCAUUCUUUAUCGGCUUCUGUUCCUGUGAGCAGCAGCAUUCCUUUUCAAGCCAUGGUGGCCUCACUGACCAGGAAGUCUUGUAUAUCAAGCAGCGUCAGCUUCUCUAUUACAGGGAUGAGUUUGGUGAUAGAGGAGAAAGAGUCACUGUUGACCCAUCUCUUGUCUUUGAAAAUCCGAGGCUCAGAAAUGCUUACAUAGCUUUACAAGCUUGGAAACAAGCUAUUCUUUCUGACCCUUCCAAUUACACAAGUAAUUGGGUUGGAUCUAAUGUUUGCAAUUACACUGGGGUUUUCUGUGCUGCUGCACCUGAUAACAGGAAAAUCAAGACCGUUGCUGGCAUUGAUCUAAACCAUGGUGAUAUUGCAGGGUACUUGCCGGAGGAGCUUGGCUUACUCACUGAUCUUGCAUUGUUCCACAUCAACUCCAAUCGCUUUUGUGGUACUGUUCCGCACAAGUUCGAAAGGCUGAAGUUAUUAUUCGAGCUGGAUCUCAGCAACAACAGGUUUGCUGGUAAGUUUCCUGAAGUGGUUCUGAAGCUGCCUUCACUCAAAUUCUUGGAUCUGAGGUUCAACGAGUUUGAAGGAACCGUACCAAAAGAACUUUUUGACAAAGAUUUGGAUGCCAUCUUCAUCAACCACAACCGCUUCAGAUUCAAUCUCCCUGACAACUUUGGCAACUCCCCAGUUUCUGUUAUUGUCCUAGCCAACAACAAAUUCCACGGAUGCGUGCCUUCAAGUCUUGGUAACAUGAAAGGUCUUGAAGAAAUCAUUCUUAUGAACAAUGGUUUGAGAUCUUGCUUGCCUAAAGAAAUUGGUUUGCUUAGAAACUUGACUGUUUUCGAUGUUAGCUUCAAUGAGUUAAUGGGUCCUCUGCCGGAAAAAAUUGGAGAAAUGGUCAGCCUUGAGCAACUCAAUGUGGCACAUAAUAUGCUCUCUGGUAAAAUUCCAGCCGGCAUUUGUCAGUUACCGAAUUUGCAAAACUUCACAUUCUCGUACAAUUUCUUCACUGGAGAACCACCUAUUUGCCUGAGCUUACAAGAUUUUGACGACAGAAGAAAUUGCUUGCCUGCAAGACCUCUGCAAAGAAGCGCUGCCCAAUGUAAGUCUUUCUUGUCAAGGCCAGUGGAUUGCAGUUCAUUUGGAUGUACUCCUUUUGUUCCUUCUUUACCUUCUCCUCCUCCACCUUCUCCGCCGAUACGGGUGCCUUCUCCACCAGUUGUUAUGCUAUCACCACCACCUCCUUCACCCGUUCAUACUCCAAAAUUCCCACCACCCCCACCACCGCCGCCCCCUGUAUACUCUCCACCUCCCCCGCCAGUUUAUUCACCUCCGCCCCCACCACCCGUUUACUCUUCACCUCCCCCUCCACCAUCACCACCACCACCACCACCAGUUUAUUCACCUCCCCCACCACCGCCCUCGCCACCACCACCACCACCAUCACCACCUCCGCCAUCCCCACCCCCACCAUCGCCUCCCCCGCCUUCACCUCCACCACCAACUUAUCCAUCACCACCUCCACCGUCACCCCUACCGCCUUCACCAACUCCACCUACAUAUUGUGUGAGGUCCCCACCUCCUCCGCCACCAAAUUCACCACCUCCACCAAUUCCAUUGUUUUCCCCACCACCACCCGUUCAUUACUACUAUAGCUCCCCACCACCACCACCUCCGCCACAUUCUCCACCACCGCCACCACAUUCGCCUCCACCGCCAAUUUAUCCAUACUUAUCACCACCUCCUCCAGUUUACUCUCCACCACCACCUUCGCCUCUGCCAUGUAUAGAACCACCUCCACCCCCACCACCAUGUGUAGAGUACUUGCCGCCACCACCAACACCACCUCCAUCAUCGCCACCUCCCCCAAUUCAUUACAAGCCUCCCCCAUCACCUUCACCUCCACCAUCUCCAGUUUAUGAAUCACCGCCGCCACCCGUUGUAACAUAUUCCUCGCCACCACCACCGCCAGCUCCUGUAUAUGAGGGGCCAUUGCCACCGGUCAUUGGAGUGUCCUACGCAUCACCCCCGCCGCCACCUUUCUAUUGAUUCUUUUUAAGAAUUUUCAUCCUCUAACCUUAAUCACAAACCCCAAAAAAUGUUCAAAAAAAUUGCAUUGGCUAUCAUCACGCCUUCUUUUUCCUCAUCUUUGCACUUUAUUACUACAAAAAAAGAACUCUUCUUUCCUCUUGGGAGCAAUUCUCAUCGCUCAUGGAAGGGAUUCAUAAAAAGUUUUACCGCUUUGAGCUCUCAAUGAAUGUUAUUGAAGAGAGUGGAAAGAAGAGAGAAAGAGAGGGAUAGGUAUAUUUGUUUGAAAUUGUUAUGGAUAUUUGGAGUUGUGAAAUAAAAAUGGCAGAGAAAGAGAGAUUAGGCUGCAGAGAAAGUCUUAUGUAUAGGUAUUAAUUUUGAGAACCACAAUUAUCCAGAGCCUUGCUAAUGCUGCUGCUAGUUUGUGGGUUUUUAUUGUCAUUAUCAUACUUUGUUUCUUUUAUGCUUCUCAUUUUAUAGUAUAAUCCGAUGAACAUUUUACUUGUAUUGAUGAUU